CCUCCCUCCUGGCGUUGGAACAGAGUGAGCGAUGUUUUUCUCCCGUGCUUCUCUUCGCACUUAGCGGGGUCGGUGGAGAGCCAUGCCUGUUCAGACCCCCGCACUCUGCUUGGUCUGACCGCUGGGGGAAGGAGUGCCGCCUCAGCGCCUCGUCCCAGGCUUAGCACUCGGUCCUUAGCACUCGGUGUUUCCCUUGUAGGCGCAGGAAGAAGCUCGGCGGAACAGGCUUAUGAGAGACAUGGCCCAGCUGCGACUUCAGCUCGAGGUCUCUCAGCUGGAAGGGAGCCUACAGCAGCCCAAGGCCCAGUCAGCAAUGUCACCCUACCUCGUCCCUGACACCCAGGCCCUCUGCCACCACCUCCCCAUCAUCCGCCAGCUGGCCACCAGUGGCCGCUUCAUUGUCAUCAUCCCAAGGACAGUGAUUGAUGGCCUGGAUUUGCUGAAGAAGGAACACCCAGGGGCCCGGGAUGGGAUCCGAUACCUAGAGGCAGAGUUUAAAAAAGGAAACAGGUGAGU